AUGUGCCGGCGCAACUCGCCGGCGCUGCACGCGGACUCCAGUCGCGUCUCGCGCCACCCUCCGGACGGACGUGCUGCCCCGAUGGACGCCUUCAGGCUCUUCUGGCUUCUCGCCAACAGCUCCUACAUAGACUUGCUAAAGGAGGUUAAGGCAACUAGAGAAAGGGGAGAAAUACUCCAAGAAUCGUUAGAGAAGAAUUCACAAGAAACAAGAGAAUCGUUAGAGAAGGGUUUACAAGAAACAAAAGAAUCAUUAAAGGAUGAGUUACAAGAAACUAGAGAAGAGGGAAGAAUAUCCCGAGAAUUAUUAGAGAAAGGUCUCAGAGAAUCACUAGAGAAGAGUUCACAAGAAACAAGAGAAUCACUAAAGGAAGAUUUACAAGAGAUCAAAACAUCACAAAUGAAGAUGGAAUAUAAUUUGAAGAAGGAAAUGCAGGAGUUGCAAGAACGACUGAAGAUGGACAUCGACGAAAGAGAGAGGAAGCUACAGAAGAGCAUAGACCAAAUCCAGGGAGACGUGGAGAAGAUGGAAGGAAAGUUAGCAAAAAAGAUAGAAGACGAUAUUGAAGAAACAAAAGCCGAAUUGGGAGAAAGAAUCAACGAAGUGGAAACAAAUUGCAAUCAUCGAAUCGCCGAGGUGACACAGAUGCAGAAACAAUGCAAUGAUGCGGUUAAGGGGAUAGGAGAUAGGCAAAACGAACUAGCUGUCAAUCUGAGAAAUGCUAUAGCCGUGCAACGAGAAGAGGAUAACAAGAGGGUUGAAAUGGAGGUCAAGCAGUUACAACAGGGAGUGCAGCAAUUGGAGAGCAAGACGGAAGAAAUUGAUAAACGAAUUAGCAAUGCCACCUUAGCCAUUGCGGGAGCGACGCGCCUGGCGCAGCAGGGCUCUGCGGAGGGCCCGGUGUUCGCCAGGCCGCUGCUGGAGGCAGAGGUCUCGGAGGACGCCGCCCCCGGCACGCUGGAGUGUAUUAGGAAGUGGCCAGCAUCACGUGGCUUCGUGGAUACAAAAUCGUGCCGGUGGUGUCCGGUGAUCGUGGCGCACUCCUUCCUGCAGCGGAUAGCGCAGUGA